AUGCAGCGGGACUCGGACCUGGCUUUGACGCUGCACUACAAGUCUCGUCGGUCAUCACAAGCAAUCUGCAGAUAUUUCGGGAUGUUUUGGGGGAAUCCAAUGACUCCAGCAGUGGAGAGGAUGAAGAGUUUGGAGGAUUUGGAUCCAUUACAGAACAAAAAAGAGUACACAGUCCUUCGACAGCUUCAUCAGACACUCCCAUACAAGAGCGGAAACCUAGAGGUCGCCCCCCACGAGUUGUGUCCACCCAGAAAUCUUCUUCACCCUCCACUUCUUCACGAUCCUCACCCACACAAACUCAACCUGAGGCUCUUGAAAAGCCUGUUCAAAAGGUCAAAAGGCUGCCUGGGAGGCCACCUGGUGCAAGUGAAAAGAGAAGAGGACGUCCUCGUUUAA